AUCCAUUUCCUCCUUCUUCUUCUUCUCUUCUCCCUCUCACUACACACAACUAUAAAAAGCGUAGAGAGUACUGUGUGUUCAGAAACUGCCAAAAACUCACGCAGAGAAAGUACAAGUAGAAGGAGAAGAAGCACAAUGAAGCUGCUCUCUCCAAAAUUGUUCACUCUCGCCAUUCUGCUCGCGGCGGCGCUGGUUUUAGCUUCCGCCGACGCAGUCAGUGACAAUGAGAUGCAGAAACAUGAAGCCACGGAAUCAAGGGACGUGGUUGAAGAGAAGUUGCGAGUGCAGAGCUUGAAGAAUUCGUCAAUGGCAGAAAGGUCAGGGGGUGCUUUAAAUGAACAUGCAGUUGAUAAUCCAGAGGAGAUUGCUUCCAUGGUUGAUGAGAGCAUACGCAAUUACACAGCUCGAAGGAACCUGAACUUCUUCUCAUGCGGGACCGGGAACCCAAUCGACGACUGCUGGCGGUGCGACAAGCGGUGGUACGCCCGCCGCAAGCGCCUAGCCAACUGCGGCAUCGGCUUCGGCCGCAACGCCAUCGGUGGCCGCGACGGGCGGUACUACGUGGUGUCGGACCCUAACGACGACGACCCAGUAAACCCCAAACCCGGUACCCUCCGCCACGCCGUGAUCCAGGACCGCCCCCUCUGGAUCGUGUUCAAGCGCGACAUGGUCAUAACCCUAAAGCAAGAACUCAUCAUGAACAGCUUCAAGACCAUCGACGGCCGUGGCGUGAACGUCCACAUCGCUUACGGUGCGUGCAUCACCAUACAGUUCGUCACCAACGUGAUCAUCCACGGGUUGCAUAUUCACGACUGCAAGGUAACUGGUAACGCAAUGGUUCGGAGCUCUCCCUCGCAUUAUGGGUGGAGGACUCUUGCUGAUGGCGAUGGGAUCUCCAUCUUUGGCUCGAGUCACAUUUGGAUUGAUCAUAACUCGCUGUCGAGUUGCGCUGAUGGGCUUGUGGAUGCUGUUAUGGGGUCCACUGCUAUUACUAUUUCCAACAACUACUUCACUCACCACAACGAGGUUAUGCUACUGGGUCACAGUGACUCUUAUGUCCGUGACAAGCAAAUGCAAGUAACCAUUGCUUACAACCAUUUUGGGGAGGGUCUUAUCCAAAGAAUGCCCAGGUGCAGACAUGGGUAUUUCCACGUGGUUAACAAUGACUAUACCCACUGGGUAAUGUAUGCAAUUGGAGGCAGUGCUAAUCCCACAAUUAACAGCCAGGGUAACAGAUACCUCGCUCCUCUGAACCCUUUUGCUAAAGAGGUGACAAAGAGAGUGGAUACAGGGUCAUCCGUAUGGAAAAGUUGGAAUUGGAGAUCUGAAGGGGACCUUUUGCUCAAUGGAGCCUUUUUUACUUCAUCAGGAGCAGGAGCUGCAGCAAGCUAUGCUAGAGCCUCAAGUUUGGGGGCUAAAUCAUCUUCUUUGGUUGGUACCAUCACAUCUGGAGCUGGUGUUCUUAAAUGCCGCAGGGGUGUCAUGUGUUAAUAUCAAACACACUACUACAACCAAAAGAGAUUAAACCCAAUCGGAAAAAAACCAAAGAAUACUUUAAAAAAAAUGAGGCAGAGAAAAGCAUAAAGGAAAGGAAGAAAGAAAAAGUUUCCUUCCUUUUUCCUCUUAUUAUUGCGUUGUUAUAAAUGUACUACUGAUUGAGUUUGCACAUGCAGCAACACCUGUGAUCACAACCGUUGUUUGUUUUCUCACUACUAGUUAGAUAUAUCCGGGGGGGGGGGGGGACACUGUACAUUUUAUUUGAACUGUUAUCAAAUUGAUAACAAAUGAUUGCUUGCUUAAAAGGCAUUUCUUCCCACUUUCACAAUAUAUUGUCCACUUGUGCGAGAGAUUUCCCCAUAAUUUUCCAAGGGAAACGAAAUAUAUUCUCUCUUCCCCUUAGUUUCUUUCUGUCUUCUUCCCAUGUAUCCUCUGUUGUAUGGUCUUUGAGACUUUGUCCACUAGUGUACCUCAAAUUAUGUUUGUGACCUUCAUUUAGUAAACGCUUGAUUUCCCCCUAAUGAAAUGGGCAAAAAAGGGAGGUAAAAUGAAAAGGAAUGUAUUACUGAAAUAGUUGGUUGUGUAUUUGUUUAAAUCAGAAUAUUAUCAUCUCUUUACUUA